AUGCCGCGCCAGUCUAGCUUCUCACCAAUCGACCAGACAGACGACUUCGACGAUAUUUCGCCGAGAUUGUCUGACGUGUCCAUUGACAGUAACCCCGACCAGCCAACGCCACCCUCGUCUCUAUCGACAUCGUCUGCGCAAGACAGAGGCUACUCCGGGUUUGAAAGCGGCGCGUUCCGGAAUGGCAGCGUUGGAUAUAGCGGCCCUGGCAACGGCGGUGUCCCCAUUGGGGCUGGUACCGCCGGCAGUAUGCCGCCCGCUGGUCGGUCAGACGGCCGCACCAGGUCGUCAAGGCGGGGUGUCAACCGAGACGAGUUUGACGGACCACACCAGUUCCUUCCGCGUCCCACACCGCAGUACAUUGCUAUGCAGGAGCGAGAGCUUCCGCAUCUUCCAACAAACUUGCUUGUGCAAGAGCAGGACAGCGUGCUCUCGCAGGUGAACGACCGGCUGUCGCAGUGCGCUUUUGACUUUGUGGCUCGGUACCAGUUCCCUGUGCCUCUGACGCAGGACAUGCGGCCGGUGGCACGACCGCAGGAUCGCGAGUGGACCGAGUGGGUGCAGCUGCUCAAGCGUCUGGCCACGAAGCGCCGCAUCCCCGCACGUGUUCUUUACAACGGCCAGAUCAAGCAGUUCGUGACGAUUCUUGAGAACUCGCUUGAGAUGCGCCAUGCGGCACGCCACCAGUCGCGGCCGUUGAAAGACGACCGCAACAUUUUGCAGCUCAUCUCGGCCGGCAUCCAAGUGGCCAAAAUCCUCAAGGAUGCGCCUGCGAUGAGUUUCCUGGACCAGCUGUACAUUGCUACCGACCAGCAAAUCCAAGACCGCGGCGCGUCAGCCGCAACCCGAUUCCGUGGCUGA